CACAAGUCCUCACCGUACCCCUCACAGCAAGCCCACCUUGAGGCCCCUCAAUCCAAACAUCCCAAGCGUCGCCAUCCCUAGGCUUCCCACAAACAGUCAAAACCUCAUCGACAAACAGCGGCGCAAGGUUUUUAUAGUCAAUAUGUUCAACCCGUAGACCCAGGUCAUGGAAAUGUCGCUCCAGUACACUCAAAAGCAAUGUCAAUGUCAACGGCCCGUGGACUAGAAGAUUGCGAUACCCUUCUUCGUUUUGGGUAUAGUUUUUGUCAAGGUGGAUGGAGUGUGCGUUGAAUGUUAGCGCCGAGAAUCGGAAGAGGAGGGAUUUGUUGGGUGUGAUUGAGUGUCGUAGCGUUGCGCCGCCGGGGGCUAUUGUGUAGAAGGAAAGUGAGUUGGCACAGAGUCCAAACAGAACAGUCAAGAGCGAUGUCCUGCUCCGCAGAUAAUGUACAUACCUUUUACUAUCCGACCAGGAUCUCCAAAUAGCGCCUGGUCCGCCUUGAUCUCCGCUGCGCUCUUAGUCCGCAUGAAUAUAAGGUCUCGGUUCUCAAUCACCGCCGCCUCGCCCGCAAGCGCCUCAUCCUCCGUCCAUAUCCGGUGCCGCGUCUGGGCCUCGAAUUCACCUUCGGGUACUGUACCCAUGCGCCGCUCAAUUCUCACAAUCACUUUCUCGUCACCCUCGCGGCCCUUUACGGAUACAUUGCGGAUCGAUUCGAUGCACACGGCCCGCCGGCCAUCGAGCAAUGGGCUCGUAGCCGGGAAUCGCAGGUUCCCGCCGGCCCAGAGCCUUCGGUGGAAGGGGUCUCCCGGUGUAUGUAGGACGUCCGUGCCGUCUGGGAGUAAUUGCGACAGCGUUACUUGUGGCGGAAAGUAGAUUAGAUGGUGGGCGAGUGGAAGUGGAGAUGGGUUCGUUAUUGAAGGGAGACUCGUGUUUGUGUGUACGGGAGUAGACGCGGUCUUCGGGAGGAGAUCACAUAGUGAAAGAUUGAGUAGAUGCGAGGGCUGUGGGUGCAAGUAGUCGUAGAACAAGGGAAUUUUGCGCGUAGUCAGCUCAUGCUGUAGGCGCUCCGAGAGGGACGAGUAAGCACGGACUGUGUACCGCGCCAUAGCUCCCCCUCCUCGCGCAAAGAGCAAUGGCCGAGCUAGACACGUCGCCAUCAGCGGGAAAUGCAGAGCAAAACAGCCAGGAAGGCUAUCAGCUCUAGAUGCGGGGGAGAUGUGAAACCUCCGAUGGGCAUCUCCGAAUCUCCGAUUAACCUUCGAUAAACCUUCGAGUUUGCCUUGUUUGUUAACAAACCCGCACGAGGAUGCCCUCACCGCUCGGCGCAGAUCGCAAUGCGCUGCUGGAGACCUGUGAACUCAAUUGUCCGCGUCGUUUGCGCCAGACGUGGUCUUUCCUGUCAAUCUCGUCCAGCAUUCCUUUACAAAAUGCCCGCCAAUCGCUUGAAGGUGGCCUUCCUAGGUCCGCCGGCCUCAUUCUCGCAUCAGGCCGCUGCAGAGUCCUUUGAUAAGACGGACGCCGAAUUAAUCCCUCACGUCUCCUUCGCGGAUGCCUUUACGGCUGUGCAACAGCAAGUCGCCGAUUACGCGGUUAUUCCCUUCGAGAACUCGACCAAUGGCUCCGUUGUGCAGACAUUGGAUCUGCUUGCGGAUCGUAACGCCCUCUACACGGACAUCGAGGUCUGUGGGGAGUACUAUUUGACCGUGCACCAUUGUUUGCUCGUGCGCAAGGGCACGUAUCCAUCCGGUUGGGCAGGCUACGACGGCUCCAUCACAAAGCUAUACACACACCCACAGGCCUGGGGCCAAUGUGAUAAUUUGUUAUCGCAACAUUUCAGGGGCGUCGAAAGACAAGAUGUCUCGUCAACCUCCAAAGCCGCAGAGAUCGUUUCGAAAGAGACGGGCGAGCAUGCCGCAGCCAUCGCCAGCAAAUUUGCGGCCGAACAUCACGGUGUCGAUAUAUUGAAAGAGAACAUCGAAGAUCGCGCGGAUAAUACGACUCGCUUCUUGAUUUUCAGGAAUACUCGUGUUGAGCGUACUGCUCAACUUCAGUUCGAGCAACCGUCUACAUCCACUGCAGCGACGACGCGCAAGACGCUGAUCUCGUUUGCGAUUGACCAUUCUUCGCCGGGUGCUUUGGCGAAUGCGUUGCUUAUUUUCAAGGCUCAUGGAUUGAACCUUACGAGUAUCAAUACGAGACCGAGCUUGAAGCGUGCUUGGCAAUAUAUCUUCUUCGUCGAGUGUGGGCGCACACCAUCGGAUGAGAACAAAGAGGCUGUUCUUAAGGCACUGGAUGACUUGCGGCAUGCUACGGAGUUUUGUAGGGACUGGGGAUCUUGGAAGGAUCAGCUUUGAGUGUGCAGUGCAUUUACGGGGCUGUGACUGGUCGAUAAGAUUUUGGCUGUAUAUUUUGGGUGAUCAUAAAAAAGGGUCCAGAAGAUAAUAAGGGUGCUUAGAUCUGAUAUCCUUACAUUUUUAUAAAAGAAAUACAUUGUUUCGGGGUUACUACAGUGGGCGAAAGACCUCUC